AUGGAGCUUCUUCCCGCCUUCUUGAGUACAUUCGCAAUUUUAAUAUUCCUUUUCUACUACUUCUCCAAGAACUACAAUUACUGGAAAAUAAAAGGAAUUCCGUACAUCCCAGGGGCAGUGCCAGGAUUGGGCCACGUAUGGCCCAUGAUUUUCCUUCGCGAAAACUUCCCAGGAAUGUGUAAAAAACUCUACAAAAAUGCACCUGGACACAGCAUGGUUGGCUUUUACCAUUUAGUAACUCCUGCUCUUCUUAUCAGAGACCCCAGCCUGGCAAAGGUCAUCCUAGUAAAUAACUUCUCAAGUUUUCACGAAAAUCAGAUCCAACUAGAUCCUCACCUGGAUCCCCUUUUAUCAACUCAUCCCUUCUUUAACAACGGUGAUGCGUGGAAAAAAUCGCGAGUUCGUGUAACGAAUGCCUUCUCCACCAGGAAACUAAAAGUGUUGUUGAAUUCCAUCAACGGUGUGUGUUUAAAGAUGAGUGAUUAUUUAUCAGAAAAAGUCAGUGUUGAAAGUUUUGCAGAACUGGAAUUAAAAGACCUUUUCUCGCGGUACACUGCAGAGGUAGUUGCGAAUGCAAUUUUCGGAAUAGAAGGCCACGCUUUUGAUGACAAACCCAAUCCCAGAUCCUUCAGUGAAAUAGGCAAAGUUGUUUUUGAAUCAACAGUACUUAAUGGUAUAACUCAGAACUUAGUGUUCUUUCUACCUAAACUCGCAAGGAUCUGUAAAGUCAGCCUCGUGCCGCCAGGAAUGGAUUCAUUUUUUCGUAAAACUAUGAAAGAAGUGUUAGAAUCCAGGAAACGAGAAGACAUCGUUAGGAAUGACUUUCUUCAAAUAAUGAUUGAUCAGGAAAAGGUGAAUCAUGAAAACAUUGACGAAAGUGUUAUAGUAUCACAUGCUGCUUCUUUUUUUCUUGAUGUUUACGAGACUUCUAGUAUCUCUUUAAGUUUCCUAGCUUUUCUGAUUGCACAUAAUCCAGAAAUUCAAGAGAAGUCACGUGAGGAAAUCAAGAAAGUGCUUUGCAAGUUCGGUGGAGUUGUGUGCUACGAGGCCCUUCAAGAGAUGACCUACAUGGAGCAGGUUUUGAACGAGUCAAUGAGGCUUUACCCAGCAGCGGGCUCUCUGAUGAAAAUUUGUACUGAGGAGUUUCAGUUGACUGGAUCAGACGGGAUUUCGUGUAAUGUGGAACCAGGAACUAUUUUAGUGAUACCGACAGAAGCCUACCACGUUGAUCCUCUCUACUGGCCAAAUCCGGACAAAUUUGAUCCAGAUAGGUUCAGUGAAGAGCAAAAGAGAAAUAGAAAUAAAUUUUCGUUUUUGCCUUUUGGCGAAGGACCCAGAAUUUGUGUGGGCAUGAGAUUGGCAGUGAUGCAGGUAAAGGCUGCUAUGGUGACUAUUUUAGAAAAGUACAGUCUAGAAGUUUCCUCGAAGACUCAACUUCCCUUGAAAAGGGAUUCAAAGACAUUAAUGUCGAUUGCAGAAGGAGGUUUGUGGAUUUAUGUAAAGCGAUUAGUAGACUUUUGACUUAUAGGGUAGGUAUUAUCCGUGCUGGGAAGUUACUCAAGAAAAAAAAGGUUAAAAUAGACUAUCAAUUUUUCAAUUAAAAUAUGUAGCUUUGAAACGGUAUUUUACUGAAAUUAUUUUUUUUUAAAUAUUCAUCAUCGUAAGCAUAAAAUUCAAUAAUUGGAGGCAUGUGUUACUUGUAAAUACCUAUCUUACCGACAUUUUUUGGACCAACACAUGUCCACACGUAAUGAGAUAUCGAGCUGAAAGUUUUGUAAAUUAAACAAAAGAUGCUCAGGAACGUUUUUCUAGACAACCUUUUUUCUUAUGAAUCUUUAACUUGUUUUUGCUCAUUUACAACCUUCCACCAGUAACGAGUUACUCCCCGACAUUGGCUAAUACAAAAAAGUAGUUCAAAAUUACGUGUUACCUUUUAAGACAGUGCAAAGAGAAUUAAUAAUUUGAAUCGUUAUAGCUAAUCAAGAAUGUUUCAUCGAAAUUUAUUAGUGGUCCAGACUGUGCGGAGAAUAAUAUCGAUUUCCAUUAUCUCGGGUGUACUUGAAAGUGGGUUGCAGUUGUUAAAGUAGAAGAUGUCUUGGCAGGAGUUAGGAGUUUAAGUCAGGGCUAAGUAAUUGGCAGUAGUAAAUUAAUGUCUAGAUUAUAAAAAGCAAAUAUGCAAUCCUCAUUACUGCAAAUUAGCAUGGAUUUUCUACAAGAUUGGAUUCGACUAUACAUAAAGUCAUUUUUAGAAAUUUAAAAAUGUCAAUUAUUUAUUUUGUAUAGAGAAGUGUGGGAUAGAAUGAGUUAUUAGAUUUCCGUCCUGGGUAUGUUCUAUAGUUUCUGUAAAGUAAAUAUACAUUCACGUUCAUAAGUUAUAAUUAUAACCUCGGCAUACAUUAAUUAUUAAUAACAAUUGCUCACAAUGUGCUAAACUAAUGUUUGUAUCCUAGUUUUCACUAUAAACCACCCAAAGGCUAUUUGCAGCAUUGGCUAAUGAUUAUACAAAAAACUCGAGCGACAGAAUAUAUUUUUAAUUUUUUUAUCUCUCGAUAUUUUCGAUUCUGGAAUGUAUAAUUUAGUGUUAAGUCACAUAUCAGUGUAAAUUAUUACAUAACAGAUUGCGACUACUAAUUACACAUUGAUAAUUAUUUGGAGUGAAUUGUUUCUCGAGAAAUUCAAGAAAGUUAGGCAUAAACUUACUUUUUAAUUGAUCCAAACCGAUAAACAUUCUUU